UGAUCAGCCAGCAGAGUAUGGCAGGGUGCCACCUGGACGACGUGCAUGAAAACCACGCCUGUUCCAAACUCUUCGCCCACUGCUAAAUCCAUCGACCUUAUUCUCCAAGCUUUCUGGAAGGACGAAGUCAGGGUGACCGAUAACAGAAUGGCAAGCCAAAUUUUCCAUAAAAAAAGACGCUAUACAUCCUGAGUAGUUGUAGGCUAGGUUCUGUAUUUAUUUAUAGUCAUUAAAAUAUUAGCUACACUUGUGCUCGAUCGAGACAUGUAGGCUGGUUAACAUAUCCCAGGAAUUGAACUUGCUGGUGAUGAUGCUCGUGGAUCAUGACUGUUCUGGGACUGAUGUUCGGUUGGUUCGUCAGCUCAACAAGGGUAUGAGGAUUCAACCAGGGAUAUGCAGCGGAGGGACCGAGCAGCAACGGGGAUGUAAAACCGGAGACGUCAAUGAAAAUAUUGUUUGUCUGCAAUCUCAGGAUGAAACGGGACGGGUGUGUCCUGGAAGCCCAGCACUGGCGACAGACACGCGGCUAUCCUCCUGUUCCACAGCAGACCGUGAACCAAGCAGUGGCAGUUACAACGUCUCCACUGGAACGGGAACCUUUUACAGCUGCGUCAGUCAGAUCACCAUCGGGUUUGAUCUCGGGGGCCAAGUGGCCAUUGGCAUCUCUCAUUGGAAGAGUCCAUUCCCUCCCAGAGGUCACCCCCUGUGUGACAGUCCUGAUGGGGUUCGCUCCGAGGCCUCUGCUGCCACAGCCCCGCAUCUCCCUGAGUACCAAGAGCCAGUGUCCUGUCCUGCCUCCCUGUCAAUCAACCCUAUAUCAUCCCACUGCAGCGCCAGCCAGGAGACCAUCAGCGACAGCAGCACAAGUGUGAGUUUCUCUCUACAUGGGGCUGAGCUCCAAUGGCAGAGCCCCCACAGACGCAGAGUUCUGCGGGCCCCGGCCCCUGGGGUUGAGGCUGCGGAUUUCUCCUUCCCCCCCAACAGGUCGCCAGUCAGAAUGGAGGAGUCCUUGGCUGGGGCUCCUGAUUCCCCCAGCACACAGGACAACGUGCCACCCCCCGUUUUGAAGGAUGUGAAGUUGUUAAUGGAGAGUUUGGAGGGACUGAGCACUCCGUCCAAAGAUGGCGACUCGACCCUGCUCGACCCCGGGACCAGUAGCAUCCUGGACGACAACACCAGGACUGACCCGGCACCAGAGGUAGGGAGAAGUAGGUCCAGUGGCUUGUGCUUCAGCGAUGGCAAGUGCCACAUCGACUACAUCCUGGUUUACAGGAAGUCCGGUCCGCAGUCGGAGAAGAGGGAAAUAUUUGAGCGCAACAUCCGGGCCGAGGGCUUGCAGAUGGAGAAGGAGUUGUCUGUGUGCAACAGUGAUGUGAUCUUCCUGAAGGUGCAUGCUCCCUGGGAGGUGCUGUGUCGCUACGCAGAGCUUAUGAACAUUCGGAUGCCGUUCAGGAGGAAAAUCUACUACAUGCAUCGACGGUACAAGUUCAUGAGUAGGAUGGAGAAGAGAAUCAACAGAUUUCGAGGAUGGCUGCCUCGCAAACCCAUGAAGUUUGACAACAACACCCUCCCUGACCUGGAGGAGAACGAGAGCUUUACCGCUCCCUUCAGUCGCUCCAGAAUACAUCAUUUCACCAUUCACAACAAAGACACGUUCUUCAACAACGCCACCAGGAGUCGCAUCGUCCAUCAUAUCUUGCAACGGGUCAAAUAUGAGGAGGGCAAAGACAAAAUGGGGCUGAAUCGUCUUUUGAGCAAUAGUUCAUACGAAGCAGCUUUUCCCCUUCAUGAGGGGAGCUACAGAAGUAAGAACUCCAUCCGGACGCAUGGGGCAGAGAACCACAGACACUUGCUGUAUGAAUGCUGGGCCUGGUGGGGUGUGUGGUACAAGUACCAGCCACUGGACCUCAUAAGGCGGUACUUCGGGGAGAAAAUUGGUCUCUAUUUUGCCUGGCUGGGUUGGUACACUGGAAUGCUGUUCCCUGCGGCGCUGGUUGGGCUCAUGGUCUUCCUCUACGGCUGGUUCACCCUAGACCACUGCCAGGUCAGUAAAGAAAUCUGCCAGGCCACUGACAUCAUCAUGUGCCCCAUAUGUGACGAGUACUGCCCCUACCUGAGACUCUCAGACAGCUGCAUCUAUGCCAAGGUCACCCAUCUUUUUGACAACGGAGCAACAGUUUUCUUUGCUGUAUUCAUGGCUGUGUGGGCAACCGUGUUUCUCGAGUUCUGGAAGAGGCGGCGAGCGGUCCUUGCGUAUGACUGGGACCUAAUUGACUGGGAGGAAGAGGAGGAGGAAAUCCGCCCCCAGUUUGAGGCCAAAUAUUCCAAAAAGGAGAGGAUGAACCCCAUAUCUGGAAAGCCUGAGCCGUACCAGGCCUUUACAGACAAGUACAGCCGACUCAUCGUCUCAGCUUCUGGAAUCUUCUUUAUGAUCCUGGUGGUGAUCGCUGCCGUCUUUGGCAUCGUGAUUUACCGCGUGAUCACAGUCAGCACUUUUGCCGCCUUCGGCUGGGCUCUCAUCAGGAAUAACUCUCAGGUGGCCACCACCGGCACAGCCGUGUGCAUCAACUUCUGCAUCAUCAUGCUCCUCAAUGUGUUGUAUGAAAAAGUUGCCCUUCUGCUCACCAAUUUAGAGCAGCCGAGGACUGAGUCCGAGUGGGAGAACAGCUUCACCCUGAAGAUGUUCCUGUUUCAGUUUGUCAAUCUCAACAGCUCUACCUUCUACAUAGCUUUUUUCCUGGGCAGGUUCACUGGUCGGCCAGGAGCCUAUAUCCGCCUCAUUAACCGCUGGAAACUGGAAGAGUGCCAUCCCAGUGGUUGUUUGAUAGAUCUCUGCAUGCAGAUGGGUAUCAUCAUGGUGCUCAAGCAGACCUGGAACAACUUCAUGGAGCUGGGCUACCCGCUGAUCCAGAACUGGUGGACGCGGCGAAGGCUGAGGCAGGAGCACGGCCCCAACGCCAAGGCCAGCUUCCCGCAGUGGGAGAGGGACUACAACCUGCAGCCCAUGAAUGCCUACGGACUGUUUGACGAAUACCUGGAGAUGAUCUUACAGUUUGGCUUCACCACCAUAUUUGUGGCAGCUUUCCCCCUGGCCCCGCUCCUGGCCCUCCUCAACAACAUCAUCGAGAUCCGCCUGGACGCCUACAAGUUUGUCACCCAGUGGCGGAGACCCCUGCCCUCUCAAGCCAAAGACAUAGGGAUCUGGUACGGCAUCCUGGAGGGCAUCGGUAUCUUGUCCGUCAUCACCAACGCCUUUGUCAUCGCCGUCACCUCCGACUUCAUCCCACGCCUUGUCUACGCAUACAAGUACGGCCCGUGUGCCGGGCAGGGCCGGGCCGGGGAGAGGUGCAUGAUGGGAUAUGUGAACGCCAGUCUAUCGAUGUUCAGAGUGUCUGAUUUUGAGAACACGUCGGUGCCCAGGACAGAUGGAUCGGAUACGUUUGGAGAAGCAGUGAAGUACUGCAGGUAUCGUGACUACAGAGAGCCCCCAGACUCGCCCGGUGAGCCAUACUCCUACACACUGCAGUUCUGGCAUGUCCUGGCCGCACGACUGGCCUUCAUCAUAGUCUUCGAGCACAUGGUUUUCACCAUCAAGAACCUGAUCGCCUACCUGAUCCCAGACCUGCCCAAGGACCUGCGGGACCGCAUGCGGCGGGAGAAGUACCUGAUCCAGGAAAUGAUGUACGAGGCCGAGCUAGAGAGACUGCAGAAGGAGAAGAACGAGAAGAAGAAGAAUUACAGGGCCCAUCAUAACGCAUUGCUCUGAAUGCACAAGCAGGUCAUACUGGUGUCCAUUUUUGCUCGGUGGUGUUGUGAGUGGGAAUGACAGAGAACUGGCUGCAUGCACGCCAGGGACUGUCCUGCCUGUCUGCGUCUCCCACUGGACCAGGUGAGCGCCCCCAAGAGGACCGUCAGCAUGCUCCUCGCCAUGGUGUUCAAACGUACUGUACGUCAUUCUGAAUCCGAGAGGCCAGUGGGUGAGGGGGGAAAAAAGAGGACAUACGUUGGAACAUUUUACAAUGGGUUUACUACUUUUUUCCCCCCAGAUUGCUCCUUCCACUUUGGACUCUCAACUGUACAUAUCUUGAAAACCUGAAUGUAGAUUUCAAAGAAACACAAAAAACAAACUUUUGCAGUUCUGUUGUCACAACUUAAAGAAAUAUUCUGUCAUCUGUGCGGUUGAAUGACAAACCCUGUUUACAAUCCUAGCCUUUUCAUUUUGAGGACAAAUUCAUGAGGAAUCAUGAUCAAUUGCUUUUACAAGGUUGUAAACCUUCGGCCAUGUUCUCUGCUUACUUUGUGUGCUGCUUACAAUGUUAUUUUGAACCGUUCCAUCAGAUCUGUGUUAGUGGACGCAGACUGCUCAGACAUCCAAUGCCUUCCUUUACAAUGGAUACUAAUAAGAGUAAUAAAAAUUCAUAUUUGUUACAAACCGGUUUUGUAAUUGUCCCAUUUGCACUUUGCUGUCAUUUUAAAACCAUCUCAACAUGUUUCCAUCUGACAGAAUGUGCCACUACGAGAAUCUCCAUGGCGGUUAGCACAUCCUUAGCGGGUAGGUCAGGUUGUCAGAGCACAGUAUGCAUCACUAACACUGAUGUCUCCUCCAGCUCGUUUAGAGGCUGCCCACCAAGUAACUGUAGCUACUGUCUGCCUCUAGUGUCUAGUGUGGUAACACCUGAUACCCCCUCUGCAGUUCCCUACUUGGCCACCAAGGGGCGCCAAUACACCUAUCUUCUGAUGCAGCCACAGGCAUCAACAAUGAGAGAGAGAAGGGAAUAGGUGCACAGUUCUCACAUUUUUUUGUCAGGUGUCCAAAGAUAAACACAGUCAUGUUCUGAUACUUUGAAGAUGAGAAGUAUCUUUAUUGUUUAUUGUAUGGUGGUUUUUUUGUGCCCCUGGAAGAAUUCUUGUUUGGUUUACACCAUUAUUGGUGUAAAAUAUCUGUCAAAUCCUUAAAGCUUUAUGUUUAUUUAAAUGCUCUCUACUGUUGGCAGCUUUCUCCUGUACGUUUAUAUAAUUCCUAGUGUCUACAUGUCUAUGUAAUAGUAAUACACAUUUUGCCAAGGGCAGCAGUUGGUUCCCCAAGCACCGCUUCAAUAUCGACCACUUUCUUUCAUAUCCGUAGGAAUUGUCAGACUUGUUUCACACAUUUGGCACUAUAACAGCCUAUCAAGGUGAACUAGCUUGUUAUCCCUUUCUGUGAUAGGUAACAGUUACAUUGAGGAUAAGACGUCAUUUAAAACUGUUACAGCUCCUAUUCAUGAUUGACUUUCAGGGGUCUAAUAAGACAAAAGAAGAAGAUGGCUGAAGUGGCCAGUCAAGGUCGUGUUGGCAACCAGAGCACACUGAAAGGCCUUUUCAGCAGCAUACACAGGGCUGGAUUCAAGCAGAAAUCGCAUGUUCCUGUUUGAGCACAAAAUACACAAAUGUUGGGGGGAAAUUUCUUGGCUGUAUGUCAUUGAAGAGAGACAGCAUUUUGGUUGGAAGUUGAUUGUCUUGACAACGGAAUCACACCCAUCUUGCAACUGUCUUGACCCUGGAAGCCUGAGAAAAGGACUUUGUAAUGCCACUGGGAAGUUCCAAACCAUUCUGUAUGUUUUAUGAAAACCGCUUUUACAGUAUGUUGUCUAUGGUCAUAUUGUGUGAGCAUUAUAAAGCCAUUCUGAGGUUACAUAAAGUAUCCCUUCUUAGUCUAACGGUCUGACCUUGACUGGAACUGAUACAUGUGGAGCUGGAAGCUGUUGGAAAUCACAUCAGCAUGCUAAAUCCUCCUGACCCUUGGAAAAUGCUUGUAAUCUGCUGUUCAGAUUUUUAACUUUCGCUUGUACAUGAUGCACAUCACUGCAAAUUGGAGGCUAUAAAUUCUAUGGAAUCCAGUGCCAUGUCCUUCAGGUUGGUUACUGUGGUGUGGUGGAGGAGUUAGCGCAGGGUGCACAUCCACACGUAAACUCUCCAUUAUGAGAAUUAAAAACAGGAGGGGAAACAUGGCGUGUUUGUUUCCUAUUAAGGCAAAUGUUCUCCUCUAAGAGGAUUAUCCCUGACACCGGCUUUGAGUUGCGUAAGGCUAUCCUGGGAAUCUGCGAUCAUAUCAGCCAUGGCCUCAUAUUCUGUAUUUUUUCAGAAAUGUCCAAUACAAAGUGUUAGGGACCUGGGAACAUAGAAUGAAUGAAUAGAUUAUAUUUAUAUGUACAGGCUCCUGUUUGAUGGGAUGUAAGCUUCAUUUGAGUUUUCAUCCUUUUCGUUCAGACCAGUGACCAGUGUUCCUUGACCCGUCUGGGUUUUUUUUCUUCAAAUUUGUAUCCCUCGCUAGUCUUUUUAAUUAAUCCAACUCAUUUCUGAAUACUUAUUCAUGCAGAACUACUCAGUCUACCUCUCCAGUCUGUCUCAGCCACGAUUCCGACAUCAAACACAAUGUUAUACCCAGACCUAUUGGUGUUCAAUAUCAUUUAAUAGGAGUUCUCAAAUAUAGACUUUCAGAUUUUAAUUGAAGA